UAGUAUUUGAAUGAUGGAGGUCGGAGACAUCUUCAGAUCGUUCGUGACAGUAUUGAGGAGCGGACAUAUGGUGGACUUAGAAAUCAUAAAAGUUUCUUACGUGCGUGGAAUAGUUUAAGACGUAAAUAAAAAAAAAAGAGAUGAAAAUAGGAUAUCAAGAAAAACGGGUCUCGUGUUUGGUGACGAUUCCUGGCGUUACGACGUUAGCGGUCAACAUCGACCCCUUGAAGUCUGGUCUGGCGUGCAGGGACAAGGUGACGGAAUCCUUGUGGCUGCCAGAGAUCCUGUAUUUCGGACUCCGUUACAGAACCAGUUCCGGUCAGUAUUGCUGGCUGAAUCUGCGGAACAAGUUUGCCGGACAGGUUCCCUGCUCCCAGGACGGCAGCUACCGACUGGAACUCCGGGUGAAGUACUGGAUUCGCCCCGAAAACCUGCUUGUACCUUUAACAAGGGGGCUUUUCUUCUUACAAAUAAAAGACGAACUGCGUACCGGAAAACUUCGAUGUGACACACUGGAACAAAGAAAGCGUCUUGUAGCAAUUGUGGCGCGCGCGGAUUUCAAACAGGCAGACAAAUGCACAUUCGUGAAAAUAUGGGAGGAUCUGAUUAGAAAACCAAUGCUUAAUGACAAAAUAAAGGAAGACAUAGAAAUGUUCUACCGAUAUCUAGAAGCGGAGGAAGUCAGUUGCGAAGCCGCCAUUCAACGAGCGUUAACGCUGGUCUCGGAGCUGCGAGAUUACGGCGUCGAGUUGCACGUUGCCAGUGACAGCAACGUCAGAAAGGUCGGAGUCGGUCCGAUGGGGGUGACGUUACAUUGCUCCGGGGCAGCAAGAUUACGUAGUUUCAGCUACGAGGCUUUGAAAAGAAUUGAGACUGACGAAGGCAAAACUACCAUCACUUUCCUAAAUGACGACGGCACUUCAACAGCCGUACCUGUUCAGAUGACGUCAGUUACGACAGCGGACAGACUUUAUCGAGCAGUGACGGAGAUGAGGUCGUUUUUCAACGGCCGAGAAAUAUCGGCCGACGUGCUGAACCUGUGUUCGCGGUCUUUGGUAGGAACCGUGUUCUCUGUCUUCAAACAGGACUCUACCCUCGGCCAGCAAUACGUUUGUGACGUCACAUAUUCGAUGCUCGAGGCUUAUGACGAGACACGACGUCAUCUGUAUAAGCACGGUGUUCUGGACUUAAUGGCUACCUCCGCGACUGCUGCUACUACUUCUGAACAGGACAACGAAGAUGCAAAUUUUUGCGAUAUAUGUUAUGAGCGACUGCCGUCUGCGUCUUUGAAGCCGUGUGGUCACGUGAUCUGCUUCGAAUGUGGCAACAAGAUGUCCGUGUGUCCCUGGUGCCGGGCUACCGUGGAUAGCGUCAUACCAAAAAAACUCGGAUGACGCUACACUCCGAACGGCGGCCGAAGUCACUCUCCAUGUGCUCUUAUGACGUCACUUUCCAUGAAUGUAGAUGACAUUAGACGCCAUCAUAUUUAUACUCCAAACGAGUAGGGAACUGAACAUUGUUGCUCGUUCCAUGGGUCAUACCCGAGGGUGAGUGGGUAGAUAGGCUCAACAUACCCAUUAAACGUGAUUGAGAGUAUACAUAGUUUCGGAAUCACAACUGAAUAGAAGAGUUGUUGACAUGACUAGCCUUGUGUUCCUAUUCGCAUUGUUUCAAUUUAUGGUGCUAAGCCACUUUGUGCUUCGAAGCCAGAUGUGUUUAUGAAUACGUCAACCAUUGUCUUUCAUAUUGUUUCAUUGAUUGCUUAGAUGUGUUUUCGGUUUUACAACUUUACAAAAUGUUCGCAUAACUUUUAAAGACAUACUGAACGUGCUGAUUGUGUUAACGUACAUUGAAUAUUAGUGCACUCUACAGCAGAGAUAAGUUAUUAUAACAGCAUUGCGCUUUAUCUCAGAAUGACAUGCAAUGUCAAGUUCUUGUUUAGCUUUUUAAGUACAUAAUGUUGCUGUAUUAUGUGUAAAUAUUUACAUUAGCAAAGUCAUUCGUAUAGAUUAAACUUCAAGUUCAUAUUUAAGGAAUGAAUUGCGGGGUUGAUGUCAUUAUCGACAUCAAUCCCGCAAUUCAUUACUUAUAUUUACACCAAAAGUACAUUAUUUCAUGUUGUCGGUUUCAUUUCUUUAAGAAUAAAUACUCUAUUUCAGAUUAAACAGGGAAAUCAAAGUGCAUUUUUUCACAUGUCAACCUUAAACCUCAUGCAGCUUUUAUCCAAAUUGUGCAAUUCUUAUCAUUAAAGCAGUGCAAUAAAAUUGAUAUACAACAA